UCGAUGCCACCGCCCCCCGGGAUUGAGCCUCGGGCCAAUGGGACGACUCAAAAGCGGUGGGGGCCCCGCCUCAUCCGAAGCCCCGCCCCACCCGCGUGUGUGGGAGGCGGGGUCCGUGCACGCGAUGGACAUGGGGCUCAGUCGUUCGAGCGCCGCGGUCGGGGACGGACAUUGCUGGCCCGGGCUUGCCGGGGCCGUCAGCGCCAAGGCCACGGCCACGGGCGAGGCGACCGCCGCCGCCACCGCCACCGCGCACGUCGCCUGAGGCGCGGUGACCUGAGGAGAACGGAGGCGGAGGGGGGCGGAGAGGAGCGCCUCAGCCCCUGCAGUCGCAGGACGGUCCGAGGACAGAAGCCAGCGGCGACCGCGCUCGGCAGGCGAUAUGAAGCCCGAUGGUGACGCCCCGCCGGAGGGCGGCGAGUGGGAGCCCGAGGAGCUGCUGGUGGCGCUGACGCAGCUCGUCACCGAGGGCCGCACUCCGGAGGCCUCCGUGAAGGGCCGCGCGGAGGGCCCGCACUGCCCCCAGCGCGCGGCCGGCCGCCACGGCACGCACGUGUGCAACCUCGGCAGCGAACAGUGCCGGCUGUACCAGCUGACCCGCGCGCGGGUGCUGCUCCUGUGGAGGAACGCCGUUCCCGUCAUGGUGGAGGUGGGCCUGCGCGCCGGCUGCUGCGCGGGCGGCGAGCGCCGCGGUGCGACCUGCGGCUCCGACGCCGGCGACGCCGAGGGGGGCCCCUGCGGUCGCGGGUCGCUGCUGCUCGAGCGCUGGGCCCUGCACCUGGCUCCACGCAGGUCGGGCGAAGGAGCCGUGUCGGAGGGGACUCUCCUGCAGGCGGUGCGCUCCUACAUCCACUUCUCCCAGCUCAGCGCCUGGCUCAGUGCCGCGCACGGGAAGCUCAACCACUCCAUCUUCUAUCGGGUGUGCGCGCCGGGCGAGGCCACGGAGCAGGACUUUGCCGAGUCCCCGGAGGAGCACGUGUUCCCCGUGCCGGCGCUGGCCUGCACGCGCACGCUGCGCGUCUCCGUAUCGGCCCUGCCGCGCCUGCCCUCCCCGCCGGCCGUCCAGUGCCGGGUGCACGCUCCCCUCCGCCCUGCCGCCGUCUCCUCCUCCUCCGCCGUCUCCUCCGCCGGCGCGCCGGAGCCCGGCGCGGCGGCGGAGCCCCGGGGGACGGCGCCGCGGCUCCGCCUCGACGGCGCGGAGGAGGGCGACGCGGAGUCGGAGCUCGCGUGCCGCGCCGAGUACGACCGGUUCGUUCCCGAGGCCGAGCAGCAGCAGAAGGUGGUGGGCAAGAUGGUGCUGACGUACAUACGCUCCAACGGCGCGGCGUGCGAGCGGUGCGACUGCUCCAGGACUGCCGGCUGCCGGCGGCGAGAGUGCCCGGAAGACGCCGCGCCUCACCGCACGUGCUGGCCCAGGCCCGCCGGGCAGCCCUACAGGUGCCCACCGGAAGCGUCCGCGGAAAGGAGGACUACGGGCAGCCUGCGCAGCGCGCUGUCCAAGAACUACUCUGUGAUCGCCACGACUGCCGCCGGCUCGGCGGCCACCGCCGCCGCCGCCGAGCCGGCGUCAGAGUUGGCGCGGGAGGCGAAGGAGAGCUCCCCGCUCGGCUCCAUCUACCAGAGCCGCGAGAUCAUCUCGAGCAUCGCGCAGCAGAUCGACCUGUGCGAGCUGGAGACGUCGCUGCGCGCCGUGCGCCUGGGCGCCGCCCGCGACCUCCGCCGCAAGGCCGAGUCCCCGCCGGCGCCCGAGCGGUGCCGGCCUGGCGCGGCCCUCGACGGCACCGCCGCGGCCGCCCCCCCGUCGUCCUCCUGGAGGAACCUGAAGAACACGGGCGACGCUCGCGCCGGCACGCCGCCGCUCACGCCGCCGCUCACGCCCAUCGAGGCGGCGCUCGCGGGCGACGAGCCGGAGCGGUGGACGCCGCACGGCGAGGAGCCGGCACCGGGCGGCGCUUCGGGGGGCCGAGGGGGGAGCGAAACCCCCGUGUCCUCGCGCGGAGCCGCCCUGCCGCUCAAAGCGCGCGUCAAGCGCAAGCUGCUGCCGUCGCCAUCGCCGCACAGACCUAAGGCCGCGGCGGCCGCGGCCGCCGCGGCCGCCGCGGAGGCGGCGAGGGCCGCGGACCCCUGCCAGUCCCCGCCGGCCAAGUGCGGCGUGGCCCGCCCGGGCCCCUUGCCGCUCGACGGCGUCAGGACUUCCCCCCGGCCUCCCGGCGGCCCCCUUGCCCCCGCGGCGCCGACGGCGAUCCCCGCGCUGGUGCCGGCCGCGUCCGGGUGCUACUUGGCCUCGUCGCCGGGCAUCCCCGCCGGGCAGAGCGCGUCUUGCCAGGCGCAGCCCUGCCGGAAGGCGGCCGUGGUGACCCCCCCGCCCCAGCGGCCCGUGAGCCGCCGGCUGCUGGAUAACGGCGCGCAGCCGCCGCUGCUGCCCGCCGCCGCCGUCGCCUUCCACCCGCGCACCGGCCUGCCGGCGGCCUCCAGCCCAGUGCCCUUCAGGAAAGGGACCUCCGGGCGUUUCGACCUGGACGCUUCGCUGCUGCACAAGAACGGGCACGUGCAGAGCCCCAAGGUGGUGGCGCCCGCGGACGAGCAGAGCGGCCGGGAGCCCCUCGCGCCGCACGCCCCCUGCAGCAGCCCACGCUGCCUGCUCGGCAACUUCGAGGAGUGCGUGCUGAACGCGCGGCUGCCCGCGCUGGGCUCGGUGGCGGGUUUCACGGCGGAGCUGGGCGCCAGCGGCUUGUUCUGCCCGCGCCACGCGGUGCUGCCCGUGCACGUCUCCUUCUUCUCGGUGGCCCACGACGGGGCCCCCUCCCCCUACCUGGGCGUCCUCGGCCUGCGCUCCCACGGCUGCCGCGGGUACCACGUUCCGCGAGCCGGCACCAUACAAGUGACGCUGUUCAACCCCAACAAGACGGUGGUGAAGAUGUUCGUGGUGAUCUACGACCUGCGCGACAUGCCGGGCGGGCACCACACCUUCCUGCGCCAGAGGACGUUCUCGGUGCCCGCGGCACGAAGGGCGGGGGCGCCCGCCGUGCCCGCCACGCCGGGCCCCGGCCCCCACGCCCGCCACGGGACCAACGGCGCCGUGCCGCCCGCCGCCGCCGUUGGCCGCCUGCGCUCGGCCUCCCCUCCGAAGGCCCCGGCGGCGGCGGCGGCCCCCGACCGCUUGUCGCCCGCGAGCACCCCCCCGGGCGACGCGGCCAAGGACAGGGCCCUCCGAUACCUCAUCCACCUGCGGUUCCUGAGCUCCAAGUCGGGCAAGAUCUACCUGCACUCGGACAUCCGGCUGCUCUUCUCUCGCAAGUCGAUGGAGAUUGACUCGGGCGCGGCGUACGAGCUCAAGUCGUACACGGAGACGCCGCAGAACCCGCGCUACUCCCCGCGGCUCUGAUGCCCCCCCCGCCCCCCGUCGGCCUUCACGAGCCCCCCCCCCCCCCCACCCUCCCACCCCUCCCCGCUUCCUCCGUGACCACGACCCACCUCACGGCUUGACCCGAGUUGGAUUUCCAGUUUGCGGCCAACGCCAGUGACGUAUGUCCGCACCGCCGAUGAGCACGGUUGGCUACGUGCGCCGCGAAAGAAGUUCGGCGUACGUACAUACGGCACCGGUGCGGCUUCACGUUAACCAAAAACCACCCGGGGCGUGGCCAGAGGGGGGAGACUGCAGUGAUCUCCCGUGUCCCUGAGGUUCAGUGACGCGUAGCUGAGAGUGAAAUUAUUUAAGUUCAGGACAGGAAGUGAAAAUGUCUCGAUUUCUGGGUGGUUAUUGUCGGUGUGAUGAGACGUGUGUUUGAGAUGCCGGGCGGGCGCGAGAGCGGAGCUGGUGCAUGGCGGCUCUGGGUGGUUUUGUGCAACGCCGCGUGGGGCCCCCGGGAGUUCACGUGGCUCACCCACCGCUCACCCACCGCUCACCCACCACUCACCCACCACUCACCCACCGCUCACCCACCACUCACCC